AUGACGGCCGUCAAGGGGACCAUCCUUGUCACUGGGGCAAACGGCGGGCUCGGAAGUGCGAUAGUAGAGAAGAUUGUUACAAAACCCGAGCUAUCGGCUUACCACGGCCUCUACACCGUCCGAGACGCGACGGCAGCACCUGCUCUCACCUCCACCCUUGCACGCGGCACGUCGUCGCAUGCGAACGACGUCCUCUCGCUCGAUUUAACGAAGCUCGACAACGUUCGGCAGGUUGCGGAGAGUAUUAAUGCUCGCGUUUCCACAGGCCAAAUCCCGCCGAUCCGUGCCCUUAUCCUCAAUGCCGGCUUCCUGGAGUUUGGUAAGCAGUCAUGGACUGAUGACGGACUCGACGUCACCUUCGCGGCAAACUAUCUCGGCCAUUGGUUACUCACCAUUCUUUUGCUCAAAAGCAUAGAUAAGGACGCCGGUCGAAUCGUGGUAGUUGGAAGCCAAAGUCACGAUCCCAACGACGAGCGAAAUGCCAGCGGGAAAGCCUUCGAGGAAGAGAGGUACAAGAUCUUCGUCCGCGACGAAGCCGACUUCGAGGCCAUUGCCAAGGGCGCUUGGAGCUCGGCCGAGGAAGACUCGUCCUGGCGUAGCGGGUUCCGCCGCUACGGCGCUGCAAAACUCUUCUUGGUCAUGAUGAUGCACGAGCUGCAGCGACGACUCGACCAGGACCCCGAGCUAAAGAAUAUCUGUGUCCUCGGCGUCGACCCCGGGGGCAUGAUUACAGGUUUCCAGCGCCAUGCGCCGUGGGUUAUACGUGUGCUCGUAUUUAAGAUCAUCUAUCCCAUCAUUGUCUACUUGUAUCCCAACGGCCGCAUGGUACGUCCUCCACCGCGCUCAGCAGCCGAUGUUCUAGAAGCCGCGUUUGGCUCGAGCUCAGCCGGGUUGCCGAAGGACUUGUAUUUCGACGGGACGGAGCGGAUGGAGACAAGCGCCGAGUCGAAAGAUGCUCGAAAGCGGGAUUUUGUAUGGAGGGAAACAGCGAAGUAUGCACACUUAAAGGAGGGCGAUAUGAUUCUUGGCGAUUGA